UUAAAAUAAGAGAAAUGCUGAGCGAUAAGAGCCACAACUUUCCCUCCGGAAAUCUGUUGAUCGAAGAACGAAGAGAGAAAGCUGAGAAUGUUCUCCCUUCACAACAAAUCAGUAUUCCUUUAUAAAACCCAUAUUGAAGAAACCCAAAAACCUUAUACUAAUAAUUAUCUUUCUUAUUCAGCAACAAGUAGUAGAUUUACAGCACUUAAUUGCAUUGGAGAUGAAACCCUUUCGACUUCUUCAGCUUAUUCUCUUCUUGGGGUUCCUCCAAAUUGCUCUCCAAGUGAUCUCAAAGCUGCUUUUCGAACUAAAGUUAAGCAGUUUCAUCCAGAUGUGAGGAGAGAUGGGGAAGAUUCAGAUAUAAUGAUACGUCGGGUGAUCCAAGCUUAUGAGAUUUUAUCCCAAUGUAGGAAAUCAGAAAUUAUAGAGAGUGAAUGUCUAGAUCCCUUUGACACACCAGAAUGUGAGGCAUUUGAUCUCUUUGUCAAUGAGACUCUUUGUGCUGGUAAAGGAUGUCCUUCUUCCUGCGUAAUGAGAGCCCCGAAUGCCUUUAAAUAUGACUCAACAACAGGAACUGCACGUGCAUCCUCUCAAGGGUACCUUAACUUUAUCCCGCCUGGUGUACUUUUGCAUCAGGACAUGAAGAAGACUACCAAGUUCAGCUUGCUGUUGGCCUGUGCCCACGAAAUUGUAUUCAUUAUGUUACACCUUCACAGAGAAUCAUUUUGGAGGAGCUACUUGACAGCAUAUUGAACAUGCCUUUCGACUGUUCAGCUGAGGCAGAGUUGCUUUAUUCACUCAUUGCUAAAGCCAAGUUUGAGAACAAUCGUUACCAGAAACCGAAAAAGCAAAGCAAGGUUUCGACAGAACACGUCGAUUGGUUCUAAAAUUUGGGCAAGUGGGCACUAUGCAAACAACAUCGUAUAAUCAACACUUGGCAUUUGCAAUUGAAUUAGCAGGUGCUGGUCAAGGAGGAUUUUUGCCGUGAACGUUAAAUCGUACUGGUGGCAUUUUCAUUAUUGCUAAAAGGUACAGUAUUGUAUAUUAAGAAUUCGAAUUAUGUAGAUAUAUGGUAACAUCUUAUGCAUAUACAUGAUUGGAAUUAAAUGAUUAGCAUAAAAAUUGAAUGCAUUUCAUAUGUUUGGUUUA